AUGAAAUCCUCGUUUCCAUAUGAAUUUACCCCUGAGAAGAAGAAGACACCAGAAGAAAAUAUUGAGAAUAAGAAAGAAUCUGCUAUUCUGAAAGAGGGUUAUGAGAAGGAAAACAAAGAAAGCAUUGAUGAGAAGAAGAUGGUGAAGCGGAGGAAGAAAAUUUCGGAAGUCAAAAUCGAGGAAGAACAUGAAGAACUCAUCCCUAAACGGAAGAGGAAGACAUCAGGAGGGAAAACAAGUGAAUCUGAUGAACCCUCUAUUAAGAGAUGUAUGAACUCGGGGUACACUGAGAUGAUGAAUAGAAACAAUUCAAGUCCUCCAAGAGGGAUAAACAAAUUUGAGGUCUCCAUAUGGCCUUGCAACCUAGUUCACCCUUACUUGAAUAUUCCAGCGAAAUUUAGAGCCGCCAAUGGCUUGACAGAGUACAACAGUUUGACUCUGAUGGAUCCUAAGGGACGAUCUUGGCAGGUUCAACUUAGGCACAAAACAAAUAAAUUUGAAAGUAGGACUAGUAUGACUACUGGUUGGAAUAAAUUUGCUUCUGCUAAUGAGUUGAAACAAGGGGAUAAGUGCAUAUUCGAGUUGGGAUCAGAAGAGAACAAUGGCAUAUUGUUGAUGAAAGUUUCAAUAAAGAAGAAAGAAAGCAUUGAUAAGAAGAAGAUGAAGGAGAAGAAGAAAAUGUCAGGAGUCAAAUUCGGAGGAGAGCAUGCUAUUCUGAAAGUGGGUUAUGAGAAGGAAAACAAAGAAAGCAUUGAUGAGAAGAAGAUGGUGAAGCGGAGGAAGAAAAUUUCGGAAGUCAAAAUCGAGGAAGAACAUGAAGAACUCAUCCCUAAACGGAAGAGGAAGACAUCAGGAGGGAAAACAAGUGAAUCUGAUGAACCCUCUAUUAAGAGAUGUAUGAACUCGGGGUACACUGAGAUGAUGAAUAGAAACAAUUCAAGUCCUCCAAGAGGGAUAAACAAAUUUGAGGCCCCCAUAUGGCCUUGCAACCUAGUUCACCCUUACUUGAAUAUUCCAGCGAAAUUUAGAGCCGCCAAUGGCUUGACAGAGUACAACAGUUUGACUCUGAUGGAUCCUAAGGGACGAUCUUGGCAGGUUCAACUUAGGCACAAAACUAAUAAAUUUGAAAGUAGGACUAGUAUGACUACUGGUUGGAAUAAAUUUGCUUGUGCUAAUGAGUUGAAACAAGGGGAUAAGUGCAUAUUCGAGUUGGGAUCAGAAGAGAACAAUGGCAUAUUGUUGAUGAAAGUUUCAAUAAAGAAGAAAGAAAGCAUUGAUAAGAAGAAGAUGAAGGAGAAGAAGAAAAUGUCAGGAGUCAAAUUCGGAGGAGAGCAUGUCCUGUGA